GUAGAUGGUAGGCGAAAAACGCCUGGAUUCUGGCUGCUCUCCAGGCCCGUGACCUUCGGCUCCGGGGCCACUGGGCAGCCGCGCCUUUUGGACGGGAGGAGAGGAAGGAGAGGACGUCUGGCUCCCCUUGCUGCUGGUCUCCUCCUGUGGCUCUGCCAUGGGUUCACGGAGCUCUCAUGUCGCGCUCAUUCCCGAUGUGGACCAAAUUCUCCAAGAGACGGGCUUCUCGCCAGCUAGCCUGCUCCGCCUCUAUCACCGGUUCCAAACCCUGGACAAGGACGAAAAGGGCUACCUGAGCCGCCUAGACCUCCAGCAGAUUGGAGCGUUGGCUGUGAACCCCCUGGGUGACCGCAUUAUAGACAGCUUUUUCCCGAACGGGAGUCAGAGAGUGUAUUUCGCAGGCUUUGCCAGGGUCCUAGCUUACUUUCGACCUAUAGAUGAAGAAGAUGCUGCACUCCGAGACCCCAAGCAACCUGAACCUCUAAAUAGCAGAAUGAACAAACUGCGCUUUGCAUUUCAGCUCUAUGAUCUGGAUCGGGAUGGGAAGAUCUCCAGGAAUGAAAUGCUACAGGUUCUCCGCCUCAUGGUUGGGGUCCAGGUGACAGAUGAGCAGUUGGAGAGCAUCACAGACCGUACAGUGCAGGAAGCUGAUGAGGAUGGGGAUGGGGCCGUGUCCUUCCUGGAGUUUACCAAGUCCUUAGAGAAGAUGAACAUCGAACAAAAAAUGAGCAUCCGGAUCCUGAAGUGACCCCUGUGUCUUUGACUCAUGCAAAUGCUUAUGGGCUUGGGAUUUAUCCUUAGGCCCCACUGGAGGCAGGAUUCCACAAGCCAUACUCUACUUUGAAACUUUGUUUAGGGCUAGGAAUGGGAGUUGGAGGAAUGUGUGCUGAAGUUUCAUUUGCUUUCAGAUUUGUGAAUCAGCAGCCAGUGAUUUGGUUGCAAGUGGCUGAGAGUCCAACCCAAAGUGACCUGAGUAAAAAAGUGAAAAGAGUGACAUGUACUUGUGACUAGACAUUCCUAAGUAGUUGCCUUCAGGGACAGCAGGAUCCAAGGACAAGCAUGAUGUCAUCAGGAUUGAGUUUUGUCACCUGGGGUUGGCUGCCUCCUUGCAUUGGGGUCAUUCCUUGAGGUACAAAGGGCUGACAGCUAUCCAGAUCACAUCUUCUUAGCCUCCUAACCCAGAGGAAGAGAUGUCUUGCUCUAGAAACACCAAACAAGCAGCAUCAUUGACCCAGCUGGGUAUUUUCUCCAUCUCCAAGGAACAUUAAAAAAACUAUGCUUGUGUCGUACAAUAAUUCCAAAACCCUGAAAUAAGGCCCAAAGACUUAGGAUAGAGUGAGAAGUGGUUGCCUUAAGGAAAAUGAAGUAAUAUUAACAGAAAAGUGUGUGUGUGUGUGUGUGUGUGUGUGUUGGUUUUGUUCAAGCAACAUGAAUGAUACAUAUCUUUACUACUUGGUUGAACAAAUUAAGGGAAUCUUAAGAUAUGGCCUCUUGAAUGGGUUUUCUCCAAUCCCAUGGAUGAAAGAUAAUGUAAUGGGGUUGGUGACUGGUGGGAGGAUGGGCUACAGUAAUAAACUAUACUUACUUUCCUAAAAUAGUUAAUCCAAGCUUUGUAGAAUAAUUUGUUCUGUUCAUGGUAAGAAGUUCAAACAUUGUCAGACUGCAGAAAUGAGUAUAAAAGUCACAUUGAGGCAGAAUAGAAGCACACACACAGACACAAGAUAUAGAAAUAGUGAUAUAUAUAUAUAUAUAUAUAUAUAUAUAUAUAUAUAUAUAUAUAUAUAAGCUGUAGGAUUUUUCUACUCAAUGACUAUUGCUUUUAUGUAGAGAUAUUUCAAAUAAUGUUAAAAUAGGGACUAGAGAGAUGAAUCAACCUGUAAGAGCACUCACUGCUCCUUCAGAGAACUCAGGGUCAUUUUCUAGUACCCACAUUGGAUGGCCCAGAACAGCUUGUUAUUCAAGUUUCAGGGAACCUGAUGCCCUUUUCUAGCCUUCACAGGUACUGCAUGU